CAACCAUGGAUGGAAACAAUUUGAGCAGAGGAGAAAGAGUACCAGAAAGAGGUGGUUGAUGAGGAAGAGGAUGACAAAGAAGUUGUGGAUGAGGAGGAAGAGGACAAGGAAGAGUAACACCCAGAACAGUAAUUUCAAAUGAAAUUUGGGCAACUGUGAUAGACCAUGUUCUUGUUCAUGGAAUGACAAUGAGGGAAGCAGGACAAAGAGUACAACCCAAUUUGAGCAGAUUCUCUGUGGUCUCCAUAAUCAGGACAUUCAGAGAGAACAGGAUGUCAAGGAUCCAAUGCUGGAUUCAGCUCCAGGUCCCCUAACCCUCUGGGACUGCUGGAAUGGCUGGGGCUGCUGGGGCUGCUAGGACCUGUGGGGCCGCUGGGGCUGCUGGGACUGCUGAGACCUCUAGGAAUGCUGGGACUUCUGGGACUGCUGAGACGCCUGGGACCUCUGGAACUGCUGGGAUUUCUUGGACCGCUGAGAUUUCUGGGACCUCUGGGACUGCUGGGACCUCCGGGACCACUGAGACUUCUGGGACUGUUGGGACGGCUGGGGCUGCUGGGACCUCUGGGACCACUGAGACUUCUGGGAUUGCUGGGACAUCUGAAACUGCUGGGUCCUCUGGGACCACUGAGACUUCUGGUACCUCUGAGACUGCUGGGAUGGCUGGGGCUGCUGGGGCUGCUAGGACCUGUGGGACUGCUGGGGCUGCUGGGACCACGAGGACUGCUGGGACCAAUGAGACUUCUGGGACCUCUGGGACCUCUGGGACUUCUGGGACUGUUGGGACGGCUGGGGCUGCUGGGAUCUCUGGGACCACUGAGACUUCUGGGAUUGCUGGGACAUCUGGAACUGCUGGGACCUCUGGGAUCACUGAGACUUCUGGUACCUCUGAGACUGCUGGGAUGGCUGGGGCUGCUGGGGCUGCUAGGACCUGUGGGACUGCUGGGGCUGCUGGGACCACGAGGACUGCUGGGACCAAUGAGACUUCUGGGACCGCUGGGACUUCUGGGACCGCUGGGACUUCUUGGACCACUGAGAUUUCUGGGACCUCUGGGACUGCUGGGAUGGCUGAGGCAGCUGGGACCACUGAGACUUCUGGUACCUCUGGGACUGCUGGGGCUGCUAGGGCUGCUAUAAAAAAAUAUAAUGAUACUGUUAUGUGUUCCCCUUUCCUAAAUAUUCAUGGAUGGCUAUGGACAUGAGGUUUUAGCUAAUCAUCUGUAAUGGCCAGUGAGUUCAUUAUGUCCUGUUAUGCCUUGGGCCUGAGAAGUGGGGAUUUCAAGUUCAAUUAUAGAGAUUUAUAGGGGUUUAAAUAUGUGUGGCUUAUGAAUACCACCUUAUAGCAUUUGGACUAUGGAUGUGUUUCUUGGCUGCACCAGUUAUUUUACCCACUCCUGGUCUUGCCCCGUGUUGCCUGGGACCAGCCCCAGAAAGUGAGUUAAUUAAAAAUGGACAUCAUACCACUUGAUUAUUUUUUUAAGUAUAUUUGCAAUUCAGAGACUUGUACUCUAAAACUUACUUUGCUUCAGUCAACUGUUGGGCUGUUUAAUCCGACUGAGAGGCUGAGGAAUGCUGAACUCAUCUAUGAUUAAUAUCCACAGAGGCCUUGGGGAUGAGAACAAAAAUAGGGUGUGUGUGUUUGUGGGAGUUUUUGUAUCCUAACCCUGCUAACUACUUUCAUGUCAGACAGUGACUGUUUUGCUUAGUGUGUGUGUGUCAAUGUGUUA